UCUGAAAAACACCAUCAACAUUCUUCAUCAAUGGAUUUACCCAGAAAAGAUUUUUCUUGUUAUUGAGUGGAGGAGGACCCAUCUCUCUCUCCCUCAUUCUCUGUCUUGAUUUCCAUACUCAAAACCCAAAAAUGCCCAUCUACACAUCUCCAUGGACUCCUCCCUCAUCCCAACCAUACCCCACUCCUUCCACCCAAAACCCAAUUUCCGCCGUCCAUCUCUUCCCAAACUACCCCCAUCCUUCUCCUCCCAUCAUUCCCAAAACACCCACAACCCCAUUCCCAAAUCCUCCUCUCUCACUCGCCGCUCUCUCCUUUUCCUCUCCACAGCCACCUCCUUCACCCUCCCUUCCCUCGCAAAUGACCAAAAUAUCCCUCCCCUCCCGAAUGAGCAAAUUGCCCCUAUCCCUCCACCACCCUCCCCCACCAUCACCGACCGUGUAUUCCUCGACUUCACCCUCUGCCCCACCUCCUUCAUCCCCGAACCCACCCUCGGCGAUGCCGCUGCAGGCCCCGCUGCAUGCUCCGACUCCGUCCCCCUCGGCCGCGUCGUCCUCGGCCUCUAUGGCCACGUCGUUCCCCGCACUGUCGCCAACUUCAAAUCCUUGUGCACUGGCUCCUCCGGGUCCACCUACAAGGGCACUCUCGUCCACAAGAUCUUCCAGGGCCAGUACUUCGUGGCGGGCCGCCAGGGACGCAGGGAUAAGGGCGAGGUGAAGCCGCCUCUGGAUUUGGUGCGGAACCCGGAGAGCGUUGACCCCAAAUCAUUCUCGCUCAAGCACUCCAGACCGGGGACAUUGUCGCUGUGCUUGUCGGAGAACGAUGAUGAGGACGGGAUAAAGCUGGACCCGAAUUAUAGGAACGUCGAGUUCUUGAUUACGACGGGGCCCGGGCCUUGCCCGGAGCUUGAUAAUCAGAAUAUAGUGUUUGGGGAGGUGCUUGAAGGAAUUGAUGUUGUGGCAAGCGUAGCAACCAUCCCUACUUAUAAGCCAGCUGAACGGAUUCGUCAAUUCAAUGAUUUUGCCGAAUUCCUUGGUGACGAGAGAGCCCAGAAUGCUCGUACGAGUUGGAACCGGCCUCUGAAAACAGUUUUUAUCAGCGACUGUGGUGAGCUGAAAGUGGCAAAGCCUUCACUCUCGCCGAGCUUGCCUUGAGUACAUUUGUGAAGCAUUCCAUGUCCCCGAGGUUGACUUGACGCAACUUGUGGUGACUUGGGCCAGGCCACCCGCCAUGUCAAACCAUUCUCCAUUAAAAGAGAAAAGAUGCAAAUGAGGAAUCCGAACUCUCCGACCUCUAAAAGGUGAGCAUGCACUCUCAACCGGCAAGCCAUGAAAUUCUUGGUUUUGUGUUUCUCCUUUUAUAGUACUUAUACCUCAUGUAACUGUCUAAAAUAUUCUUAACUCUUCCAAAUAUAUUUAAUUUAUAAUUAUUAAAUAUUGAA